UCCCAGGGUUUGGAAAAAGGCAGCUGCCUGCCGAUAACCACCAGAACAAAUGCCAUAUUCAGUCUGUGUUACAGCUUGCAGCCUGCGAAACUCCCUCCACGAACUUCCCUGCGUACUUUUCCCCACCGCUCGAGCCACUGAAUGUCAUUCAUGCCACGGAGCGAAAACAGGCGAACUGGUGCCUGGUCCGUUCACCCGACAAUGUGGAGAAUUUGCUAUAUUUCUUGCGUUUGGGGUGUCCUGUCUUUGACAGAGGUCUGCGCGCAGUCUCUACUGGGGUCACGACAGAGACCAACGUUUACAUGCGGGGGCAAUAUGACGGAGGAUUCUGGGGUCGUUGGGAGCCUGGGUUAUCCAGGGGUGUAUCCCCCAAAUACCAAAUGUGUUUGGAGAAUCACGGUCCCUGAGGGUAAAGUGGUGGUCCUGUCCUUCCGCUUCAUUGACCUGGAGAGUGACAACCUGUGUCGCUAUGACUACGUAGAUGUGUACAGCGGCCAUGCGAGUGGCCAGAGGCUGGGCCGCUUCUGUGGGACCUUCAGGCCAGGCGCCUUGGUCUCCACCGGCAACAAGAUGCUAAUUCAGAUGGUGUCUGAUGCCAACACGGCUGGGAGUGGCUUCCUGGCGGUGUACUCGGCUGCCGAGCCGCACGAGAGAGGGGACCAGUACUGUGGAGGUCAUCUGGAUAAACCGUUCGGGUCAAUUAAAACCCCUAACUGGCCUGAGAAGGACUACCCCGCUGGGGUCACUUGCUCAUGGCACAUAGUGGCUCCUAAGAACCAGAUCAUUGAGGUGAAGUUUGAGAAGUUCGAUGUGGAAAGAGACAACUACUGUCGCUACGACUACGUGGCCAUUUUCAACGGGGCAGAGGUCAACGAUGCCAAGAGGAUCGGGAAGUACUGUGGCGAUAGCCCCCCAGCUCCAGUAUUCUCUGAAGGUAACCAGCUCCUGAUCCAGUUCCUCUCAGACCUCAGUUUGACUGCAGAUGGGUUCAUCGGCCACUACAAGUUCAGACCUAAGAAGUUCCCCACCACCCCGGUACCACUGACCACCACCACCCCCCCAGCUGCUACCACCAGACCCAUACCUCUGAAGUACUCUGUAGGUCUGUGCCAGCAGAAAUGCAGAAGAAGUGGAACCGCUGAGAGCAACUACUGUACCAGUGACUUCGUGAUAACAGGAACUGUCAUCACGGCGGUGGUGCGAGGAGGCAGCGUGUACGCCACCAUCUCCAUCAUCAACGUCUACAAAGAGAGCAACCUGGCCAUCCAGCAGGCCGGCAAAACCAUGAGCACCAAGAUCAUCGUCCUCUGCAAGAAGUGUCCGUUCAUCCGACGAGGCCUCAACUACAUCUUCAUGGGCUCAGCGGACGAGGAUGGGAAGGGGAAGAUCGCCCCACAUCACUUCGUUAUGGCCUUCAAGGCCAAGAACCAGAGGGGCCUCAACGUACUGAAGACCAAACGCUGCUGAGAUCAGCUACAUGCUGCCUGAGACUCCAGCCCCCCCCCCCCCACCACCAUCACCACCACCACCAUGUAACGCCAUUCUCGUUAGUCUCCGCCCAGCAUACCCUGGCUCCGCCCUUCAUCACCUCUCAUCCGUCACCACAGGACUAGUCUACAGACCUCAGGCUGUGAUUGGCUCUUUGUUUCUCUUUCUUUUCCCAUGCUGUUUUCCUCUCCUCUGAGCUGGACCUGUUUUGAGCACAAUGUGAAGAUGUGAGUGUAAUAAUUGAAAGAGGAGAGGAAGAUAGAGAGUACCAGUUGGAACGAAACAGGAGAACAUGUUUUGUAAUAUGCUAAUACCUAAGUUAGUUCCCUUUUUUUUUCUAUUUAAAAAAAAAAACAUCAACAUUUUCUAACGUUUCAAGGCCACUGAAAACCGCCAGAUGUCACGAUGAGUGUUGGCUUGGAUCAAACAUAGGGUUUGGUUACAGGAAGUACAUUAUUGAGGACUGGGUGUUGUAGUUUUAAGGACAGUGUUUACUACCUGCUCUUUAUCCUCCAUGUUCACUUUGGAUAUAGGAGGUAUUUUAUAUUAUUUGGGGUCGAAAAGUGCAAUAGUUUAAUAUAUACUAUUCCCAACGGAAUGAUUUGGUUUCAAACUGGUGUUCUGUUUAGUACUGUCACCUUAUUAGCCAAAGCGUUUACGAUGAAUGGAAUACAACACAGCACUCCAUCUCAUUAUGUCAGCUUGGUUUUGUCGCCUUGCAUUCAAAUGUAAUGUUUGUAAUAAAAAAGUGGAGAUGUGAACUUAAAGGAUAAUUCCUCUCAAAAACGACAUUUUAGUAUUUGUUUCAUUAGUCCAUUGUUGAUAUAGUCCCAAAAUGUUUUGCAUGUCACUAAUCACUUUUUCACGAUAUAUAACUUUCAAAAUACCGAAAUUCAACCGGUAUGAUGCAUUUUGUCAAAAGAUCGUUUUUGGGUGGAGUUUUCCUUUAAUCAAUAUAAAGUAUUUUCAUAUGAAAGAAUUAGUAAAUGUUAUUUAUAUUUUAUUAUUUCCAUCUGACCAAAUAAAAAAUCUAAAUUGAA